AGGUCGUGGCGUGGAUGCGAAAAUCUUCUACUUCCCGUAAGCUAUGAUGAAAUAAACCACGGGUAGCUAAGAGAGUCGUCUAGAUAAUUCUGUACGGUGUUGCCUCUUUGUCAGACUUGGUGGCAAAUAACGGACUAUGUAUUGAACGAGAUCGUGUAUACGCACUGGAAAUCGACGCAACCUUUAUAUUUCCAGAUAUAUAUGAUUAUGAAUAUCUCUAACUCAAACUAGAUUCUAUGUAUACUUUCAGACUUUUUCUACAUCCGAUUUUCAGCCUUGUGUAGGAGUAGGAAUCUACUUCUCAUUAUUUGUCUUAUCGAUCUUUCAUAAUGAGCGACGACGAGGGAGAGCCUAUUUUCGAGGAGGAGCCUUUGGUGGUCGCUGCAGAGAGCGAUGACGGGGGUAUCAAACCUGGAGGCACAGUGGUUGUUGCAGCAGCCACGAGCGAGGAAGCGGACGCAGCAACCAAGGAAGAUGAAACCGGCACUGAAGCGAAACCCGAUGAAGGGGAACCUCAAGAAGCGGACGAAAAUGACGAAAGUUCGAAAAAGAAGGGUGGUUUCGAGAGUUUGUCGAUAUCGCAGUCUGCGCUGAAGGAAAAAUUGAAGCUGGCGCGUGCAAAACUUGCGACAAAGAAAAAGCCAACAACUGCAGCUCCGGCGAAAGCGGAGACCACGAAUGGUAUUUGUUUAAGAUUUUUUAUGUGUGUCUCUGCCUUUUUCAAGGGGUCAAAAAGUACUAGCUUCUGCAAUUGAAUGCGUUUUUUAUGUUAUUUUGGCAUUUCUAUCGUACAACUUUGUUUAACUUGCACUAGUCGUUUCCCGUGUGUUUAGCGGUCCGAGAGGAGGGAAAGGUGAACGAGGGAGAAGGAGCUGCUAGGAGCAGGAGAUAAAGAGACCGUGAGCUUCAGGGCAAUGCCCCCCGGCGCGUGCAGGUUUCCCCGCAGAUUCUCGGAGAAAACAACCCCACGGAGCUCUUGGGUGGGCUCCAGCCUCCGGGCUCACCGUACCGCGGGCGAUCUCCCCCCGAUACGCGAGCUGAGUCGGGCCCCUUUGCGGGCCCGACGUUAGACGGCCCAAACGCGGCUGGCGGCCGCGUUAGAGCCCGCUAACGUCUUCGCGACUCGGUGAAACAGUGUCACACGCCGAAACUGUGACCCGCCGAAACUCUGAGGCGGGAAACCCAGACAUGCCGAAACUCGGAGGCGCGAAACUCUGAGGCGCGAAGCCCUGACAUUGCGCAACUCUGAGGGGGGAAGCCCUGACAUCCCGAAACUCUGAGGCGCGAAACUCUGAGGCGCUAAACCCUGACAUUGCGCAACUCUGAGGCGGGAAACCCUGAGACGGCAAAACUCUGAGGCGCAAAACUCUGAGGCGCUAAGCCCUGACCUGGCGCAACUCUGAGGCGGGGAACUCUGAGGCGCAAAACCCUGACAUGCCGAAACUCCGAGGCGCGAAACUCUGAGGCGCGAAGCCCUGACAUUGCGCAACCCUGAGGCGGGAAGCCCUGACAUCCCGAAACUCUGAGGCGCGAAACUCUGAGGCGCUAAACCCUGACAUUACGCAACUCUGAGGCGGGAAACCCAGAGACGGCAAAACUCUGAGGCGCAAAACUCUGAGGCGCUAAGCCCUGACCUGGCGCAACUCUGAGGCGGGGAACUCUGAGGCGCAAAACCCUGACAUGCCGAAACUCCGAGGCGCGAAACUCUGAGGCGCGAAGCCCUGACAUUGCGCAACCCUGAGGCGGGAAGCCCUGACAUCCCGAAACUCUGAGGCGCGAAACUCUGAGGCGCUAAACCCUGACACUACGCAACUCUGAGGCGGGAAACCCAGAGACGGCAAAACUCUGAGGCGCAAAACUCUGAGGCGCUAAUAACCCUGACCUGGCGCAACUCUGAGGCGGGGAACUCUGAGGCGCAAAGCCCUGACAUGCCGAAACUCCGAGGCGCGCAACUCUGAGGCGCGAAGCCCUGACACUGCGCAACUCUGAGGCCGGGAAGCCCUGACAUGCCGAAACUCUCAGGCGCGAAACUCUGAGGCGCUAAACCCUGAAACUGCGCAACUCUGAGGCGGGAAACCCUGACCCGCUGAAACUCUGACCUUGGAAACUCUGAGGCGGGAAGCCCUGACCUGGCGCAACUCUGAGGCGGGGAGCCCUGACAUGCCGAAACUCUGAGGCGUGAAACUCUGAGGCGCUAAACCCUGACAUUGCGCAACUCUGAGGCGGGAAGCCUUGACCUCCGGAAACUCUGAGGGGUGAAACUCUGAGGCGCUAAACCCUGACAUUGCGCAACUCUGAGGCGGGAAACCCUGACCUCCGGAAACUCUGAGGGGUGAAACUCUGAGGCGCUAAACCCUGACAUUCCGCAACUCUGAGGCGGGAAACCCUGAGGCGGCAAAAUGCUGACCCGCGGAACUCUGAGGCGCUAAAUCCUGACCUGCCGGAACUCUGAGGUGCGAAACUCUGAGGCGCUAAACCCUGACGUGGCGCAACUUUGAGGCGGAAAACCCUGACCUGCCGAAACUCCGACGCGCGAAACUCUGAGGCGCGAAACCCUGACCUGGCGCAACUCUGAGGCGGGAAGCCCUGACAUGCCGAAACUCUGAGGCGCUAAACCCUGACAGACACUGCGCCACUCUGAGGCGGGAAGCAAACCUUGAGGUGCCAAACCCUGAGAUGCCAAACCCUGAGAUGCCAAACCCUGAGAUGCCAAGCCCUGAGAUGCCAAGCCCUGAGAUGCCAAGCCCUGAGAUGCCAAGCCCUGAGAUGCCAAGCCCUGAGAUGCCAAACCGGGAGAUGCCAAGCCGGGAGAUGCCAAGCCGGGAGAUGCCAAACCCUGAGAUGCCAAACCCUGAGAUGCCAAACCCUGAGAUGCCAAACCCUGAGACGCCAAACCCUGAGAUGCCAAACCCUGAGAUGCCGAACCCUGACGCCGUUUGUGCCUGCAAAACCCUGAGAACUGGAUCCUGACUUUUGUGCCCCUUUUUGCAAACCCUGAGAUGCCAAACCCUGACCCGACCGCGAUUUAGCCCUUCCUGGGAACCCUGGGAUUCCCUGGCUUUCCCCUUAAAACUCUGAGAGUCCUGGUCCGUUGAUUUGUGCCCCUUGUGGUUCUCCUUGCUCGCCCUUAAAACCCUGACGUCAGACCUCGACUUUUGCCGAUCAUUAGUAAAGAUAGAAUUUCUUUGUAAGCCUUUUGGAACCGUAAAAAAUCACAGAGCAAACGGCAGAUGUUACCGAUGAGGAGGAGAGCGAGGCUGAAAGCAGGCCGAAAGUCGUCAAGUCCCAACGCCGCAAACCGGUACCACAUUUUUCGUGCUCCUUGAAGGCAUUUAAAAGCUAUGUAUGAUCUUGUUCUAUCAAGCUAAUGAAAUAAAUUUGCUGUUGUCAUGAUGCGUUUGCAUUCUUCUUAAGAGCCUUUCUUUGUCCUUUUUGAUCCAUAGCCAUAUUCUCCCUGCGACAAACAGGUUAUUGCUUCUAGCGGCUUGGUCCUCAAAACAAGAGAGCAGGUGGAGAACGAGCGUGGCGACAUAUUUAUUCCAGGUACGAAUCACUUAUGCAGCGUGUUACAGUAACAACUGGUGUAUAUGAUGAAGAUACUUUUGCAGAAGUCUUUCAGAUUUUCAAUUUUGAGUUCCUGUUACUUGUAGAUGUUUGCAACUUCAAUCUAGCGCAUCCGCAUUUCAUCAUGAUCAUACAUACUCUUUGUAUUUGUUCUCGGCAGGUGGAUCAGGCGGAUACCAGACUCGCGUGGUGGAGAGCCUACCAUCUCCGGUAAUGGCUCCUUCUCCAACUUAUGUCGGCGCGGCGCCACAGGUGAUAGCUAGUGGUCAACAACAGCCAAGCUUUGUGCUGGAUCAAGCCCAUCCGAUCACCCCCGGGAGCAUUUUGGAGGUAUUAAUUUUUUUCUUAGUACUAAAAAUUGCUGCCCUGAUUUUUUCCAUAGAAUUAGAUUUACACGUGAACCUUUACGUCCUCUGAGAGUUAGAAGCUUUGCUUGUCAUACUACAAUCCAAUUCGUAAAAAUCAGAUUCGUCUCGAUGAUGGUAAGACGAUGUGGGUGCAGACGAACGAUCCUCCACGUCCAGAUCAGGUGCAGGCCGCUUGUGCACACGCUGAUGAGCAGAUAAGGAUGAGCUCUAAGAAUGCUUCUUUUGCGGGAAUCAAGACAUCAAAGGUUUGCUCCAAGAAGCAGAAGCGCGCACGAGACUCCUCUGGACAAGCAGACGACAGCGAAGACAACCGAACGCACGGUGACGACACCAACACGACAACUUCGAAGAAAACCAAUCUCAAGAAAAAGAAGACCGCCGCGCUUGACGAAGCUGGUUCCUCGAAUGACCAAGCUGCAGGCGAAGACGAAGAGCAGAUAAACCCAGCAGAUGGCCGAGCAGAGGAAGAUGCCGGAAUGGAGGGUGGAAGUUCGGGUGACCGCACGGGAGGUGAGCGAGUUCCUGUUAUACUCAAGCCAGCACCACGACAUCGCCGAGCCGAGCGUCGCUAUCAUGCUCGCUCGGAGGAGCGCGAAGCGAGCGAGGACAGGCAUGAGCGAGAUCGCAUUCAGAACAUCCAGGCGAAAAAGAAGAGGUAUUACGCAAACCCCGCGGCCGCGCCCGGCCAUCUGGGUAAGAACAACGAUCUGAAAAACGCGGUGGAGCAGACAUCAAGCAGCCGAGAGAAAAACAACUAUCGAAGCGGAAGUCUACGCGACGAGCACGACCAUCGGGGCCCGCGCGGUGGCAAAAACUCCAGAGAACGAAGUCCAAAGCGCGGCAAUGGACGACAUCAAAGCGCCAGGAACAAUGAUCGCGUUAGAGAUGAACGGAGGACGAGGGCUAACAUGAAUAGGCAUCACGAAAUGGCAGACGCAACGGAUUUGAAAAAAGAGAAGAAGAGGAACGAAAGGGCGACCCGGGAUGGCAGUCUCGAACGAAGUGCCUCCCGCAGCGACGUUCGCGGCCGUGGUCGAGCGGAGGAGGACGCAGCAGCGAGACGCAGCCCGACUAAGCGCGGAAAGAAAAUAGUUGUAGAGCAAGAGGACAGCACGUCUCAUCGAGGCCGCGGGCAGAAAGACGUCAACCGUGACGACGCUCGUGGCGACGCCAAACGCAGUGACAGGCGGGGUAGCCGAGAACUCAGGGAUGAGAAACAGAAGCAGCCAUCGCGACGAGAGCCAAGCAACGAGGCCCGGAAGGAGACGAAACGGGACUCGUCACGUGAGGAUCGCGGUCGAGACCGGCGGAAAGAGCAGGCUUCACCUGACCGAGCCCGCGACGACGAGGGCUCGGACCAACGCGACCGAGACCGAGACGAGAGCAAAGACAGAAAACGUAGCGACGCCGGGUACCGCGAGGACGACAAGAAGGAUGAUGACAGAGACAGGGGAGUCCAACAGACGAAGCGAUCAUCCUCUGAAGAAGGCGAGUUUAUUCGAGGCUCGUCAAAAGAUGUUGCGACAGCGGCUGCUGCUGCGCGUCGCGAUCGAGUAUCUCGUAGUCGUUCUCAUUCAGGAUCACGCGGACGGCGCGAUCGUCAUAGGAACAGGAAUAUGAUGAAGAAUAGUAGGAAGGAUGGGGGCUAUGAUAACAACAGAUACAAUAACCAUCGCGGACCAGGGGGACGUCCUGGUUACAAUAAUAUCCGGCAGAAUAACAACAAUAACAAGUAUCAACUCAUGCGAGACCACGAUCAUCGCCGAGGAGACAGCCGGCGCGGCGGACAUGGACACAAUAACAACAGAAAUAAUAGAGGAGGAGGUCGAAGCAGGUCUCCAGCACACGGCCGCGGCCACAACACCAGCCAUCAGCAUCCAGCUGGACCUCGGAAUUUCAACAACCACCAUAACAACAAUCGCAAUAAGUAUGGAAACGGCGGUCGCAACAACAUGGACAACAGAAAUCAGUACAACAACAAUCUCCCUCGCGGUGGAAAUCGCGGCGACAGCCGUCGACGUAGCCGCGACCGUCGAAGCAAGAGUGGUAGCAGAAACCGCGGACGACCGCGCGGUAGCCGUGAACGCAACGCGACUAAGCCUCCGACAAGCGGGCCUCGGGAGAAACGAGAGGGAAGUCGCGACCGCCGCGGCUCCCAAGCGCGGAACAACUCGAAGAGCAAGCGGUCUCAAGACCGCUCACAGGCGCGACGCUCACGAUCACGACCAGGCGAACAACCUCGAACAGCGCACACAGAAGGGGAUACAAAGCACGACACAAACGACAAGAGAGCAGCAGAGGGGAGGGGACGUAGUUGUAGUAGAAGCAGAAACUCGCAGUCACCCAGCAAGCGGUCUCACUCGUCUAGCUCAAGCCGCUCGUCUUCGCGCUCGCGAAGUGCCUCUUCGUCAUCAUCUGACCACGAGAGACCGGGUAAGAAACACUACUGCGUCAAGAUGAGGAUGUCGCUGAUAAACCUCACGUCGCAUGGCAGCCUCAAUGGGGUACUUUCUUGCUAAAUGCGAAUUAAUACUUGUUAUUCGGAGUGAAGUUGUUGUAUCUUUUUUUCCGUCGGUUUCGUCCAUCAUCUCCCGUUGCAGGAAUAUUCGACAUGUCGGAAUGAUUCGUCAAGUUUGCCUCACUUUCCUGAUAGAUCAUCUUUCCCUCGAUCAUUUUUACAUACUUGCUUUAUGUUGAUCCUUCCUAUUUUGCACUCCAACAGGUAGAGGGAGUUGUCCUCGAAAAGGUAGGAAACAAGCUCCGCGUGCUGCUCGACAAUGGACGAGAGGUGCAAGUCCAAAGACGAAACUGUGGAUUCCAUGAGGAGCUUCCGGCCGAGGUCGAAGCGGAGUUUGCGCCGGCGCUGGGAUCCGCCGCUGCUCUCGCGGCAGCACAGGCCGCAAAGGCGAAAGCCGCUGAGAGUAAGGAUGGAGGCGUUUCAAAGAAUGAGAGUGCUGGCGAUCAAAAGUCUGCUGCCGGCGCAUCAGCGGCCUCGGAGACGACAAAGGGUAGCGCAGCCGCAGGGGAGACACCAGAAGCUGCAAAGUCUGAGAAAAAGGAAGAAGAAAAGCCCGUUGCCGUCGAUGAAAGUUCAAAAGCGAAAACUGCAGACGCGGCCGAAAAAUCAUAAUCAUCUUUCGCAGAUCUGUUGCUCUCGUACCCCAAAUUAUAGGAAUAAUUUGCCCUUUCUUCCCCAACCCGUCUUCAUCACACAUAUGAAAAUUGACCAUAUUGAGUUCCACCACCGCAGGCGCAGUUCGAUUUUAAUCAUACUAGCUUACUAUAUCAAUGAGAGAGUAAGCAGUCAAUCACGAUUGGAUAGUUCGAUUUUGUAAUUCGAAGAUGAUGUUCGCCCAUAAAACAAGAUGUUGUUGAUAUUGUAGUGGCGAAAAUGACUCGUCCAAAAGAUGAGGUCUUGUUGAUGGCCCUACUUCAAGCUUGUGAUUUGGCACAAGAAGCGUUUGUGCUCUCAGAUAUGACGACACUAAAAAAGAUCCAUGCUCUAGCUCUACACGGCAGUAGAGCAACUACUAGGCCAUAGCGUUCUACACGAGCUUAUCUGAUAGAUUCGUUGAUAACCCGAAUUAGUACCACGCAGCUGUGGCAUUUCGCUCCCGCCUUUUGAGGGAAGCAAUUUCAUGAUUUGAUGAAGAUUUUGUUGGAAAACGCACCACCUCCCGCACGCAAGAUAGGGUAUGACAGUGACAGAAACGCACUCACGGCUUUGAGGACGCUUCUUUAGAUACAGACCCGGAAACUGGCGACAUUCUAAAUCUAAUCACAUCUCCCUUGUAAUUCCCAAAACAACAGUCACGACAAAAAUUGAACCCCAAAAAGGUAAAUAUCCCGUAUUUAC